AUGAACUUCAAUAUAAGCAAUAGACUUAGACCUCAGACUGCUUAUUCCAUGUCAUAAAAGGAGGUAUUCAAAUUUUGCUAAAUCGAAGUUAUUGUCUGGUAAAUUUUCGUAGAAUGAUCAAUAACAAAUUAGUAAAUUGUUAGAGAAAAAUGCUACUUAUUUUGAUCAUGUUAAAGGUUUGGCGUAUUAAAAUAUUAUAGAUCAAUGUGUUUGUGGACUCUGCGUUUGUGGUGGGUGUAAGUGUGGAUUAGAAAGAUUAAAGGAAUAAUAGGGAAUGCCAUUGAAAUCAUAGUAUCAACAAGACUACGUUGAAAAAUAGCCGUCCAGAAUUAAAUCGAUAUCACAAUUGCCAACUUAUAAAGAUGAUUAUGCUAUGAAAUUUGAGACAACUCAAAGAGUAAUUGAAAACAGUUAUCCUAGGUGGAUUUCAAAGAUCCAAAAUAGAGACCACAAACAUCCUACAAACCAGAACAACCUAGAUUCGUAUAGCCUUUUCAUGCUGGCUCUACCUAUUAAUUGACUCAUACCAAAAUGCCUGAGAGUAAAAUAUGCGUAUAUAUUGUUAGGUGAGAAGGUGAAUAUUAUUCCUUAAAACCACCCAACAGUUAUGAAAGAUCUCCAAUUCUUGGGUUCAAGCGAAUACAAAAGGAAUUUCAGUGGGACACCAAUUACAAGAGAAAAAAACCUCAUUUUUGGAGCUCAUAGCAGUUUUGGGUAAUUACUAUAAUAAGAAUGUUAAGGAAUCCCAUAAAUCCAGGAUUACCAUUUUUUGGAUCCACCACCUCCUCUAGAGCAUUCAGACCCUUCAAGGCAAAGAAAACGAGACCUUCAAAAACGACCACCUAAUUGCAAAGCGUGCCAACAUUUGAUGGAUAAUUUUCAACAAUAACAAAAUUAGAUUUCGUUGACAAAUCCCUUUAGAUUUGUCCAGCAAGAGCGGUUCUUAACUCUAAAAAAAACUCUAAUCAUUCUGGAUUUUGAAUUUCAUAAUAUACCCA